AUGUGCGGCAGUUCGAGCAAUGCAGUUCUUGUGCUAGUGUGUGGACUACCGGCUGCGGGGAAAACGACGCUCGUGAAGCAGCUGGUUGCCACGCGCACCACUUGGCCAUCACUAAUCUACGAGCGAAUGUCCUUCGACGACCUCUACGAGCACCAGGUGAGCGAGAUCGGGAUCAGCAGCCAGCCGAGUGAAUUUGACGCUGGAGCAUGGAAAACAAGUCAGCAAGAAAUGGUGCGGCGAGCAAGCGAACGGUUGCAAGAGCACGCGUCUACCAAGACAGACGAGUCGAAGCGUCGGCUCGUGCUGCUCGUUGACGACAACUUUCCGUACCGGAGCCAGCGCAAGCGCUAUUUCCAUCUCGCCACGGACUUGAACUGCGGCUUUGGUGUGUUGUACAUGAACGUCGCGGUGGCAACAUGUCGUGAGCGGAAUGCUAACCGGGGGAAGGACCGUAACGCCGGUACGCGAAUUGCUGAUGAGGUAUUCGAGCGCAUGGUGACACGUUUCGAGGCACCAAAUGGCCGUCAGAAUGCAUGGGAAGUGAUCACGAGUGAGGUGAAAGAAACGGGCGACGGCUAUGACGUUGACGAUGUCAUGAACGCCCUGAUUCAGCGGGCGAAUCUCGAACUUCACAGACGCCGUCUGCUGCAGGUUCGGGUGCAAGAGGACGCAACUCAGCAGCAUUGCGAUCGCCUUUCAACGCAGCAAAAUGUGCUUCAUCUUGUUGACUUGCGGCUGCGUCAGUGGAUAUCAGCUCAGCUUCAGGACGGGACGACAUUACCGCCAGGGACGUCAAAGUCGCAAUUUGCAAGCCAGCUGAACCGGCGCAGGAAAGACUAUCUCGCGAUAGUCAAGCACUCGUACGACAACGACUCAGAUCGCCGACAAGAAGAGUCUGUCGAAACGGUGCUGGCCUCGUUGCUUCAUCGGUUCCAGCAUCAAGAGUAG